GCACUGUGCACAAGUCAUAUACACAAUAUAUUUAGUAUAUUUUUAUAUAAUAGAGCACCAAACUAUUUCUCAAGACAAAAACCAGCUUAAUUUGGCAGAUGGGCUUCUUGAUCCGUUCUGUGGUUUCCAGAUAUGAAGAAAUCCUCACAACUUAAAAUUAUGGCAUCCAAAGAAGAAAAAGCACUUUCUCCCAAAGCUGCUUAUUCACAGAAUUCACUUCAAGUCAUCCCAAUUAUACUCAUUCUCAUGGUGGUUUCUUCAGCUUUAACAGUAACAGCAGGACAAGAAGCAGAAGCACUUCUGAAUUGGAAAGCCAGCCUUGACAACAACAAAAGCCUCUCUCUCUUGCCUUCAUGGAUUGGAAACAGCACAUGCAAUUGGGAAGGAAUUUCUUGUAACAAUUUUGGAAGCAUAACCCAAAUAAACCUCACUUCUUCUGGCUUAAGAGGUACACUUCUUGAUUUUGGUUUCUCAUCUUUUCCAAGUCUCAUGAGCCUUAAUCUGAGCCACAACACGAUUUUCGGAACAAUCCCAUUGGAGAUAGGGUUUUUGAAAAGCCUUCGAACCCUUGAUCUUACCGGAAACAACAUUAAUGGAUCCAUUCCCCAUGAAGUUGGAAUGUUAGGCAACUUAACCUUUCUUUCCCUUCAUGACAACAAACUAUCUGGAAAUUUCCCAAUAGAAAUAUGCAUGCUGAGUUCCCUCAGUGUGCUUGAUGUAGGAAUAAACAAUCUCACGGGUUCAAUUCCAGAAGAAAUCGGAAACCUGUCCAGCUUAACUUUUCUGGCCCUGGGUGGCAACAAUUUCUCCGGCUCAAUUCCUUCCACUAUAGGCAACCUGACCAGGCUCAAGGUGUUAUAUCUGAUGGCGAAUCAAUUAAGCGGAAGCAUCCCACCUGAAGUAGGAAAGCUCAAAUUUAUUACUGAUCUAGGAUUGGUGGAUAACCAACUCAAUGGCUCCCUUCCUUCAGAAAUGAAUAAUUUUACAUUUCUGAAGGAGUUGUGGUUGAGCAACAACAACUUUUCUGGCAGCAUUCCACAAGGCAUAUGCAUCGGCGGAGUACUUGAAACGUUUACAGCACACAGCAAUCAGUUCACAGGCCUCAUGCCUGGAAGCUUGAGGAACUGCACCAGCUUAGUUCGAUUGAGGCUUGAGAGGAACCAGCUGACAGCAAACAUAGCGCAAGAAUUUGGCAUUUAUCCAAAACUAACUUAUGUCGAUUUGAGUUACAACAGAUUUUAUGGGGAGCUUUCUGAGAACUGGGGCCAGUGCCAAAACUUACAAAGCUUGAGGCUCAGCAACAACAGAAUUUCUGGGGGAGUUCCACGGUUUGAGGGAUCAAUGCAGCUGCAUGUGCUUGUCCUCUCUUCAAAUAAUCUCACAGGGACAGUCCCGAUUGAACUAGGGAGGUUGACAUUAAUGUUCAACCUUGACCUUGGUGAUAACAAACUUUCAGGCAGCGUGCCUGCGGAGAUUGGAAUGCUAACCAAUCUACAACAUCUUAGCUUAGCUGCCAACGAUUUCAGUGGACCAAUUCCUAAACAAUUAGACAGGUGCAGAGAAUUGUUGAACUUGAAUUUGAGCAGAAACAGAUUUGGUGGCAGCAUUCCUCCUGAAAUGAGCAGCAUAGACUCUCUUCAAGUUCUUGAUCUGAGUCAAAAUUCACUGAUGAGUGACAUCCCACCGCAGCUUGGGAAUUUGAUGAAGUUGGAAGCCUUGAAUCUCUCCCACAAUGAGCUCUCUGGUUCGAUCCCAUCCACAUUCGAUAACAUGUUGAGCUUGACAGUUGUUGACAUAUCAUACAAUCAUUUGGAAGGUCCUCUUCCCAACAACAAAGCAUUCCGCGAGGCUUCGGCUCUAGCAUUUGCGAAUAACGCAGGCUUGUGUGGCAAUGCCACCGGUUUGAAUGUUUGUCCGUCCGAAACAAGAGGGGAGAAAAAGAGCAGCAAAUCGGUUAUCUUCAUUGUACUACUUGUUUUAGGCAUCCUGUUUUUUGCAUUUGUUGUAGCUGGGAUUCUUUGCGUGGUCUACCAUCCACGGGAAGCACAAUUAAAUGAAGACCAAUUUGCAGUUUGGAGCUAUGAUGGAAGACUUCAGUUUGAAGACAUCAUUGAAGCCACAGAGGAAUUCAACUCCAAAUACUGUGUGGGGGUGGGAGGCAAUGCAAGUGUUUACAAAGCUGAGCUCCCAACAGGCCGGAUUGUUGCGGUGAAGAAACUUCACAUGCUGCAGGACAGGGGAGUGGCAAAUCUCAAGGCUUUCGAGAGUGAGGUUCGUGCUCUUACAGAAAUCCGUCACAGAAACAUUUUAAAGCUUUAUGGUUUCUGUUCGCAUCCGCAGCAUCCUCUUUUGUUGUACGAUUUUGUAGAAGGAGGAAGCUUGGAAAACAUACUGACUGACGAAAACCAUGCAGUUAAGUUUGGAUGGAUUGAGAGGGUGAAUGUUGUCAAGGAUGUUGCUAAUGCAUUGUCUUAUAUGCAUCAUGAUUGUUCACCUCCUAUAGUACAUCGAGACAUUUCGAGUAAGAACAUCUUGCUGGAUUUGGAAUAUCGAGCUUAUGUCUCUGAUUUUGGUACAGCUAAGCUCUUGAAUCUUGAGACUUCAAAUUGGACUUCGUUUGCAGGCACAUUUGGAUAUAGUGCUCCAGAGUUAGCAUACACGAUGGAAGUGAACGAGAAAUGCGAUGUUUAUAGCUUUGGAGUGGUAGCACUAGAAGUGAUCAUGGGAAAGCAUCCCGGAGACCUCCUCUCCUAUUUUUUGUCAUUGUCAUUAACAUCAACACCCGAACCUAUACAACUGAACGACGUCUUAGACAAGAGCCUCCCGCCUCCUGGAAAUCAUGUUGUCAACAAGGUGAUCACCGUUGCAAACCUUGCAUUUGCGUGCUUGCGAACGAAUCCACAAUCUCGACCGACCAUGCAACAAAUUUCCCGCGAGUUGUUAUUUUGAAGGACCAUUUUUGCCAAAGAUGUUUUGAGGAAACACCUAAUUACAUAAGCUAUGACGAAACUCUAUGCUAAUAAAGCAGGUCAUAUUAACAUGAUGAGUGCCACUCCGAUCUCUGUCCGUAACCUGCAGAUUGAGAGAUCCAAACCGUUCAAGCUAUUAGAGAUAAUACUGUAAAGGAUAAAACUUAGAGCUGAUAUAUUUGUUUUACCUGUCUUGGAUAUUUUUGGUUAGUUAGGUGAGCUGUCCUUUCUGUCAGUUAGAUGAGGUGUUAAGUACAAGGCUUUAUAUGGUUUGUAUAUAUACCAACAAUGUAAUCCUAUUCAUUAAGAAAUGAAAUCACAAUUAUUCAA